AUGAUAAUAGUCGCAGCCAAGUUUAGAAAAUUUAAAUUCAAGUUCAAGUCACAGCGAACGCAUACUAUACACAGUCUACUGAGAAAUCCAGUUAUAUUUAACCCAAUUCGCAAACCACGAAAUCCAAUUGUUCUGUGUCAUGGCCUAUAUGGAUUCGACGUAUGGACACCCCCUGGAAUACCAAAACUACAACUACAUUACUGGGCUGACCUGAUGGACAUUCUCCGUAACAAAAUAGGCGCUGAAGUUAUCGUUACCGGUGUUCCCGGCACCGGCUCUGUGAAAGAAAGAGCUGAAGCUAUGGAUCUGCAAUUGAAGAACUCAGUACGCGGAAAAGAAAUAAACUUCUUGGCCCAUUCUAUGGGUGGUCUCGACUGUCGUCAUUUACUCACUCAUAUUCGCCCCAACGAAUACAAACCACGCUCACUUACGACAAUUUCAACGCCUCAUCGUGGCUCUCCGUUUAUGGAUUGGUGUGCUGCCAACAUCGGUAUUGGUGCACAAGCAAUCCAGGACACUGCAGACGCCAGCAGCCAGCCACUGAGUGUCCCUAGCAUGCCUCUUUCACUCAAAUCGCCUCUCCUCCAAGCUCAACCCAAGACACACACAGCCGACAUCACUAACAAUCCAAAUCAGAAAGACAGCGAAAAUCAAUCAAAACUCUCAAUGCCUUCUCUACCUGCCAUAUCACUACCUCUCGCUUUCACUUCCUCCCUCUCGAGUUAUCUCCUGGCGCUUCUCGAUUCUCCUGCCUACGCCAACCUCACAACUGCAUUUACUAACGGUAUCUUCAACCCACGUACUCCCGACGUGGAUAAUAUAAAAUACUACUCCAUCGCCGCGCGUCAUCCUGGUCUGGGCUGGUGGCAUCCACUCUUCCUCCCGCAAUUAGUACUCGAGGCCUCAGCCAAGGCUAGUAUGAGAGAGGCCGAGGGUAAAGUGGGAAGCGAGUACGAAGGAAAUGACGGUCUAGUCAGUGUAUCAUCUGCAAAGUGGGGUGAAUUCUUGGGCGUGAUUGAUGGUGUUGAUCAUUGGUGGAUGAGAGGAUCUAGGGGUUUUCCCAAGGAGAAGAAGAGCACUACAGUAACGGAUGCAACGACGAACACGAAGCAAAAUAUUUAUAGUACGCCAGAAUCUAAUUGGCAGGAUGUCAACAAGCAAAUAGAGAGUAAUUGGAGGGGAGAGAACGUUGAAAGUUAUCCAGGUACGAGUAGCACGUCUGGAACGUCUAAUGAAAGUGAUCCCAGCGCAUCCAGUAGCGUUUCUUCAAUUGCUAAAUGGUUCAGUGAUCGGAUACCAAACACUUCACAAGAAAAUCAAUCUGGACACAAGGCUGACGAAGGUGGGUUAGAUAAAGGUAUGGAUAGAGAACAGUUUUACAUAGCGCUGUGCCACAAAUUAUAUCAAGAUGGAUUGUAA